CGGAAUGUAUUCGGGGACGGACGUUAGCUCUAAUUGCGUACAUUGGCGGAGAGCGGAAACAUGAGCGCAGUUUGUUGUGUGUUCUGAUCUCACUUGUUCGGUAAAAGAAAACAAAUAUAUAAUCUUUACUUUGUUAAAGUCUCGGUCGGUCGCUAUGCCUCAUUCGGACCGGUCGAGCUCUGACGGCGGCGGGGGGCCUCGCAGUCCCCGGGCCCGGAGACCUCGGACUCGCUCCCGCAGCCGUAACCGCAGCGGCAGCCGCGAGCGGAGCCUGUCCCCGUACAGCUUCGGGCCUAAACUCCCGAAGCCGCGGAACCGGGAAAGGGAACGCGAGGAGGGGGAGCGUCGGUUCCGAGAGGCGAGGAACAUCCGACGGAUCCGCAUAGGAAGCCACAGCCGGUCCCGGUCCAGGUCCAGAGAGCGACACACCAACAACAACAGCAGCACCAACAACAACAACAGUCACAACCACUGGUCCGAGCAGAGAGACGCUCCAGGGAAACAUGGCAGCUUCAAAGAUGAUUAUUACUACGAACAACAGCGGGACGACGCUCAGAGACAGAGACAAGAGGCUUUUAUAGCCAGACGUCUCCAAGAGAGGGAGAGGUUCGGAGAGUUAGGUUGUCCCGAAGUUUGGGGAUAUUCACCAAGAGUAAAAGAACCAGACUCUGAUGAAUUCACACCAGUUGAAGAGGACGGGAAAAACAGCAGCUCAGAGUCAAGCUCAGAAGAGGAGAAGAAGAAGAAGAAGAAGAAGAAGAAGAAGAAAUCCAAGAAAAAAAAGAACAAAAAGCACUCAGAGGACAGUGAGCUGGAAUCAGAAUCAGAUGAAGAAGAAAUAAAGAAGAAGAAAAAGAAAAAGAAGAGCAAAAAAUCCAAGAAGUCCAAGAAAAAGAAGACAAAGAAGAGUCAUAAGGAGCCGAGCAACUCCAGUAAGGAGGAGUCUGAGGAGGAGGAGGAGGAGGAGGGGGGGGAGGAGAGAGGGGAGGGGGAGGAAGAGGAGGAGGAUCCGAAUGGAGUGAUGUGGGUGGAGAAAACCUGCAUUGAUGAGCAUGUGGUCGGCCCCGAAGCUCCGCUCACCAGCAUGUCCCAGGACGACAGACCAUUGGAUUUUGGUCAUGCGCUGUUGCCAGGUGAAGGUGCUGCGAUGGCAGAGUAUGUGAAAGCGGGCAAACGUAUCCCGAGAAGAGGAGAGAUCGGUCUCACCAGCGAUGAGAUUGCAAACUUUGAGAAGUCUGGUUACGUGAUGAGCGGCAGCAGACAUCGUCGUAUGGAGGCCGUGCGUCUGAGAAAGGAAAACCAGAUCUACAGUGCGGAUGAGAAGAGAGCUCUGGCGUCUUUCAACCAGGAGGAGAGGAGGAAGAGGGAGAGCAAGAUCCUGUCAAGCUUCAGGGAAAUGGUUUACAGGAAGACCAAAGGCAAGGAGGAGAAGUGAACGUCCACCAUUGUCUCUCAGAUCCUCUCUUUUUUUAUUUUAUUUUUUUAUCAGACACCUUUAUCUUAUUCUGGGACCUCAGGUGUCUAUUUUGAGAGAAAAUACAUUUUGGUUUUGGGGGAUGUACAGUGUGAGGGAGGAAUGUAACUGUAAAGAAACGUGCAAAGUUUGAAAAGUUUUCAGUUGUAUUAUUUGUCUCCAUCUUAUUGACCUGCUGGAUCUCGUCUUCCAUGUCAGACGUUCAGCCAUACAAUUCUUGUAUAAAUUGUUUGCAAAUAUUAAUAAAGUUUCGCAUCAAAGUUA